AUGCCAAUUGUUAUAAAGUCCCGUUCGAAGUCAUUGAAGGAUACUCGCUUGGAGAACGUUGACGGAUUAGCUUUACAACCGGUUUUGAAUGAUAUAUCGAAGAACAACAGGUCAUUGAAUACAAAUAGGUUACGGUUGACUUAUGUCAAGGAGGGAAAACAGGUUCCGAUUACUUCCGAUGCAUUUUUUAAAGAAGGAACAAAUCUGGAGGACACUGAAUUAUACGUGAAGGAUCUGGGGCCGCAAGUGUCUUGGAGACUCGUGUUUGUCGUUGAGUAUCUCGGCCCGAUCUUGGUCCAUUCUCUGGUAUACCUGUUGUCUAAGAACCCAACUUUGGUUGAGAAAUAUCAUAGUCGCUCGAAACCGUACAAUCCUUUCAUGAACAAACUGGCGUACAGUUUGAUUAUGGCGCAUUACCUUAAGAGGGAGUUCGAAACGCUGUUUGUUCAUCAGUUCUCGCAAAGCACUAUGCCGUUGUUCAACAUUUUCAAGAACUCGUUCCACUACUGGGUUUUGAACGGAGCCAUCGCGUUUGGAUAUUUCGGAUAUGGGUUCAUUUUUGAUGAUUCGAAACUUUUCCAGGCUUAUAGUGCCCUCAGACUGAACAAUUUGGGCUCCUUGGUGGCUUUGUUCACACUGGCGGAAUCAUGGGUCUUCUAUGUGCACAUAAAACUACGCCUAUGGGGUGAAGCGCAAAAGAAGAAAGGAAACACUACAAAACGUGUGCCAAUAAACAGCGGGAUGUUUUCCCUACUGGUGGCUCCGAACUACACGUUCGAGUCGUGGGCCUGGAUUUUCUUCUCGCUGAUUUUUAAACUCAACUUGUUCUCGCUAAUCUUUACUGCCGUCUCAAUGACACAAAUGUACCUAUGGGCUCAGAAGAAAAACAAGAAGUAUGGAACCAAGAGGGCUUUCCUAAUUCCUUACGUUUUUUAG